AUGAGCAUGAGGGUGGAAACACUCUACGAGGUUCUUGGAACAAAUGCACAUGCUUCUGCCGCUGAAGUGAAAGCCGCCUUCAAGCGCCAAGCACUGGUGCUACAUCCUGAUAAAGGAGGCUCGAAAGAGGCCUUUCAGAGAGCACUGCGGGCAUUUGAGGUUCUUUCGGAUGAUAGCAGCAGAUCAGAGUAUGAUCAAAGGCUACAAAAGGCGAGCCGCAACCGCUGGAGCUUCCAGAAGACUGGAGCCGCUGGAGGCGAACCGAACGAGUCUGCGAGGGUCCGAGGCCAAAGGAGCCGAAGCUCCGACUCCGCCUCGCUCCCGCGGGCGCGGGCGCUCGUGCUCAGGCGGAGGCGAUCCGCGUGCGCGCUGUGCCGACCGAACCGGCCGGGUCCCGGCGAGGAGGGCUUCUGGAGCGGGGAAUGCGAAGUCGAUGGACGAAGUGAAGAUGAAGAGGAUCCAGUGGUCCGAGGAGAAGAAGAAUCUCUUGAUGAAGAAGAUCUUUGCUCUCUUGCAAAAGGUCUCCGCCAGCCGCCGUCGACACCUGUUGGAGUCAUGGACUCCACGCCAUCGCCGGGCCCUGGAGGCCUGAUGCGUGGCAUCGCCUCGUUCUACCGCAAGGGGACGGUGUUUUACCAGGUGAGCCUUUGCAUCCAGAGCCUGUGCAUGACGGCGCGGAAGGUGCGGGAGCUGGACCGGGCGGUGGACAUCUUGCUCAUGCUGAUGUCAAUCAAGCAGAAGAUGGGAGGCAUUGUGGAUCCGUCACUUUUCGUCCAGAAGAUGACUGAUGCUGUUCCUGCAGCCUUCGAGGAGUACGGAGUCACAGCAGAGGAGAUGGGUCUGCGCUUUCAGGUGAUGAUGUGUAUGCGCUUUUGGGUGCGACCACCGCUGCACACGCCGCAGCAGGCCAAGCUGGAAGAUGCUCUACAAGCGUGGUCUCGCCUCACGCGCUUCCGAUCACCUCUGGGUCAAGGCGCCGGCCGCACGGCUCCCGGCCGUGCUGCGGAAAGGGUAGGAGCACGGGGCUUUGCCCGGAUGGACCUAAAGGAGCUUGAGGACGAGCGCGACGGCCGACAGCUGGAGCGUUGGCGCGCCUUCCGAGAGGUCUAUUUGGAUAUCCUGACAGAGGGAGGGCCUUCCGACCAAAGCCGCCGCUUCAAUGCGAGUCGCCGCUUAGAUGCUUUGGCCGAGGUGGAAUGGGCGCGUUGCAGCACCGCGGCGGAGCUGUUCCGCGUCGACCUGCAGUGUUUGCUCGAGGACUCUGGCGCCCGUUGGCACGCAGCGGCGCAAAGCCUGGGCGAAGCAGCGCGGAAGGGAGAUCUCAACGUGAUGAUGGCGAAGCUGUUGGACGGAGGUGAUCCGAACGAAAGGGACCAUCUACAUCCCAAGUACACUCCCCUACACCGUGCAGCCUCCGGCGGUCACAGACAUGCAGUGCGACUGCUUCUCAAAGCAAAAGCAGAUGUGCUGAUGAGAGACCGCUUGGGUUUCAGCGCUUUACACUUUGCGGCGAAUCAAUCGGUUGGUUUGGUCUCUGACCUUGUGGAAGCCAAGUGCGAUGUGAAUGCGGCCAACCUGCAGCAGAUGACACCGUUGCACAGUGCCGCUGGAAUGGGCCGAGUGGACAUUUGUGAGUUCCUCCUGGCCGCCGGCGCCGGCGCCGGCCCGCACGGCCUCGCCACGCCCGCGGACCUCGCGCGGCGCGCGGCGGAGCGGCGGCCCGCAAGGUCCGUGGAGCAGGAGGCCUGUUUGCGGCUGGCGGAGCGGCUGGUGCAAGCGAGUGAGGCGAAAGGCUCGUGGUUUUAUGAGAGUGAACCCGUGGACUCCGGCCACUUGACCUCUGAAUGGCUUCCAUUCACCUCAACAGCCUCUGACGAGCUCGAGGCCGCACUUCUGCGUGGCGAAGAAGAGCUGGAGAUUCAGACUCCUGCGGGCUAUCGGGUCCUAGUGGAUCUGAAAUCGAAGCUCCAACGCAACACAGCUACCGGCUGCACGCGCCGCGUGCGCCGCGACACGCCGUCGCCGGCGCCGGACCCGACGCUGGAGCCGCGUGCGCCAUGGGUCCCGGCGGCGCCGGGGCACUGGGGAGGACUGGUGUCCACGGGUGCACAGAAGUGGCGCGUGACCAGCACAUCUUGA